GACAGUGACACCAAGGCAGUCCUCCCACAGCUUCCCCACACUCGGCUGGGGAAGGACCUGUGGGGUGCAGAGGGUCCCUCAGGCUGCUUCCUCCUUGGGGAGUCUAGAUAAGGGGUGCCUACCAGGGUCAGCUGACACCAGGCAACCUGAGAUGGAGCUCAGGGCCCUCGAGACCCCUGAGGAUGGGGAUGCAGAGGAGGACACAGCUAUGGCCCUCCAGCGACUCGUAGAGCUGACAGCCAGCAAGGUGGCAUCCGUGAGAAGCCUGCGUGUCCAGUACCGUCUCAUCCGGAAGCUGGGUUCCGGUUCCUACGGCCGAGUGCUCCUAGCCCAGCCUCGCCAAGGGGGUCAAACCGUGGCCCUUAAGCUCCUCCGGCGGGACUCAGUCCUGAGAACAACGUUCCUGAGAGAAUUCUGUGUGGGCCGCUGCGUCUCUUCACACCCAGGCCUGCUGCAGACCCUGGGAUGGCCCUUGCAGACACCCCGACAUUUUGCCUUUGCCCAGGAGUAUGCACCCUGUGGGGACCUCAGCGGAAUGCUCCAGGAAAAGGGCCUCCCAGAGCGGAUGGUGAAGAGGGUCCUGGCCCAGGUGGCUGGAGCCCUGGACUUCCUCCAUGGCCGGGGGCUAGUGCACGCGGACGUCAAGCCGGACAAUGUGCUAGUCUUCGAUCCUGACUGCAACAGAGUAGCCCUAGGUGACUUGGGUUUGACCCGACCUGAGGGCAGCCCAACUCCUGCCCCACCAGGGCCUUUGCCCACUGCACCACCUGAACUCUGCCUCCUGCUGCCUCCGAACACCCUGCCUUUGCGACCGGCUGUGGACUCCUGGGCCCUGGGCGUGCUUCUCUUCUGUGCUGCCACAGCCUGUUUCCCUUGGGAUGUAGCAUUGGCCCCCGAUCCUGAGUUCGAGGCCUUUGCCGGCUGGAUGACCACCAAGCCCCAGCCCCCUCGGCCACCGGCACCCUGGGACCAGUUUGCACCCCCGGCUCUGACCUUGCUCCAGGGACUUCUAGACCUGGAUCCUGAGACUAGGAGCCCUCCACUGGCAGUCCUGAAUGUCUUAGGGGAUGACUGGGGGUUGCGGGGGAGUGGAGAGGGAGCUGGAAGCUUGGGGGGUGUGUCCUAUGAGGAUGGGGAAGAAGAUGAGGGGGGAUCGAGUUUGGAAGAGUGGACAGAGGAGGAGGAGGAAGAUGAAAUUAAAGAGGGUGGGAGGACAGGGACGGACAGCAGAGGUUCCUGA